AUGCCAUCAGGCUCCAUGUCCACCAUGACCAGUGCAGCUACUGUAGUACCGGCUCCUCCCGGUGUGUUUGCUACCUCCAUGCCACCUGAGUUACCUACUUCGUCUAGCCCUGUUCCCUCGUCCGAAGAUCGAGAAUCUGUCUCCUCUAACGAAAGCCGCCGAAGGCGUACCGCGGGUGUUGGAAAUGGUGUUGCAGGGACUACCGGUGCAAAAUCUCUCUCCUCUUCUUACUCCACGCCGCCUCAGUUUGUUAUUGAUUCAAACAAGACAACAUCUCCCGCCAGUUCUUUCAGCAAACUUCGGAAGAAAGUUAAGUCCAGUCGGUCGCGUGUUAGUCAAAAUGGAGGCACGUAUUCUGUAAAUAAGCCCUUGAAGGUGACCAUUCGGCGGACUAACGCGCAUUCCCAUACCUUGGAUUCGAGCCAGCAAGAUGGACGACUUUCACCUUCGUCUGUCUAUUCUUCCGUCCCAGGAGACGAUGAAAAAAGUCCAAUACUUCCUUCUGGACUACCUGAGAGUUUUCGAUCGCCAUCUCCGCAUUGCGUAUCCAAUCUCAAGGGUGUGGAUUCUUUCGGCGGCAAAAGGGAUGUAGCCACUUCGACUGUGGACUCUAGCACUAUGACUGAGCCGGAUUUGUUGGGACCUUGUGAACCUGGAUCAAAAAUAGUGCUUGAAGGGGUCGUUUGGUUAGAAACUCCGGGAAUGAUGGUUGUAAAUGCACAUUGGCGAGGCAGAGCGUUUCUCGGGACUUUCUUGGAUGCCUCUAAGAACACUCUUGGUCCGUCUUGUCCCGACAAAAUGAUAUCGUCACUCAGCAUGGUCAAAUGUAAGCCAAAUUGGGGCGGGCCAAGUUCCGCAUCAUCCAGUACCUACCGAUCUACCUCAGGCGCAAAUGCUGCCUCUACCUCCUCAGGACCCAUCAGAACUCGCUCCGCUAUCGCAGCAGCUGAGGAUCCUUCAAUGGCGUCGCGGCGUCGAGCUCUGCCAUCCUGUGCUUCAUCCGGACGUGGCCGGCGACGUCGCCGAGGUGUUGGUAUGGCUUCCUCCGCCACACCUAUCCCCACUGACGGUGUCGAUUCCAGUCACGGCGAUCAGGACGAUGGGGCGACCGCGGGCAACACGCUUUCUGAUGCUCCCUCCACCUCUGAUUUUGCCUGUCCGCAGUUGGGUUGUAAAAAGCGCUUUGCUGACAUCAUUGGAGUCCGGUUUCACUUGGAUCAAUGCCAUGCGCAUCGUCAGGAGCAUGAGGCGCCCUUAACAGAAGCCUCAAAUAUAACAACAAUGGAAAGUCGUCUUAUUCCAUCACCUACAGUACAAGCUCCGCCUCAGCUUGCAAAGGCUAAUUCUAACAGUGGGGGUUGUUCUUUGGAACCAAUGGAUGAAGACCCUCCGCCUCCAAAAUUAGAUCGCGGGCCGACUGCGGAUGAAGUGGUGGAACCUUCUGGUCUGGCUCUGUGCGAACCACCAACGGCUAGUCCUGCCUACUCGGAUAUUUCGGACGAUGCUCCUGCGGCACCGCAGAAGAGUAGGACGUCAGUGGAUGUUGGACAUCGGCCUUGGCCACCCCCGUCAGUUGUGAAUCAGCCUCAGACCCAGCCCAUGGAUUGGUCGGCUGCUGGUAGACGUGUUGUCCCUUCGGGGAAGUCGCCUUAUGAGUAUGCACCGGCGCCACAGCCCCCACCGACUGGGAUUUCAUUGUCUCCGUUUGCGGCGGCAGCGGUGGCAGGUGGUGCUGGUGGGGGUAGCCCCUACGCUCAUCAACAGUCACAGCAAUCGCAUCAUCGUCACAGACCCCUGAAUAUUCCUCCGACGGCUCAUACCUCUGAUAAAUUAUUCCAGGCUCAUUUAGCCAACUUCAUGGCUGCUGGAGGAAAUCCCAGCAGCAACGCUAGCAACUCCCAACCACCAAGAAGGCAGUCGCCCCAAGUAAUUCCACCGGGAAUCCCAACACCACGCGUAGACCCUACCUCUAUUCGAAGCCUCUCAUCUCGGUCAUUUCGCCGUGCUCUUACCCCGAUGUGUGGUGUAAAUAGCUUUUUUUCCACCCCUCCUUGUCUUCAUCCCUUUUUGUACUCCCCUCCCCUUACUUGCCCCUACUCUGGUCGAAAUUUCAUUGGUUAG